AUGGCUUUCAAUCACCAGAAGACCCUGAUGGCUCAGGCCCGGGCCCGGGGCACCUUUGACACAGAAGCGCUCGCUCAGAUCAUACACGGAGGGGCGGAAGGCCUUCAGCAAAAGCGUGGCGCCUGGUCCAGGGUAGAAGAAGCAGUCGGCGCUACCGACCCUGACCGACUACCUGACCAGUAUGCCUACACGAGUAGGGAGGAUCUCUAUCGCGAGGGUCUGCAGACCGGCAAGGCUGCGUGGAUCGAUGGGGUCAAGCAUGGCCACAGCCUCUUCGAUGUGAUAACCCCACGUUACGGAAUGUCCAACGCUAGUCCGUUUGGAAUCCACUACAAUCUGUUUGGCAGGACCAUUGACCUGAUGGGCACGCCGGAACAGAAGCGGAAGUGGAUGCCAUUGGUUGCUCAAGGUCGCGUCAACGGAGCGUAUAUUCAAACCGAGCUUGGCCAUGGAUCCAAUGUGGCCGGCAUCCAAACCACGGCCACCUUCGACCCUGUCGACGACGCCAUUGUGCUACAUACACCCCAGCUGGCGGCGAUUAAGUAUUGGCCCGGCUCGAUUGGGUAUUCUGCCACUCAUGGCGUCGUCAUGGCGCGUUUGCUCGUUCCCACACCUGCAGGAACAGCCGCUGGGAAACCGUUCAAAGAUCACGGCAUCCACCCCUUUUUGGUUCAGCUCAGAGAUCCUGAGACCGGUCAGGCUACACCCGGUCUCGAACUUGGAGACAUCGGCCUGAAGCCUGCGUACAAUCAGAACGACAAUGGUUACCUCUCCUUCGACCACUUCAAGAUCCCUCGCACGGAUAUGUUGAUGGGGCAUUGCGCCCUGGACUCAGACGGGAAGUUUACAAGAUACCUACCUCCAGAGGCAGUCUACGGUACAAUGCUGUCUAGCCGGACAUUCAUCACUUUUGGAGCAGCGUUUCAACUGGCAUACGCCUUGACUAUUGCGAUCCGCUACUCUGUGGUGCGUGAGCAAGGCAGCCUCCCUUUCGACAAUCAAGGCAAGGCGUCCCAAGACAUACCUAUCAUCGCCUACAGAUCUCAACAAUAUCGGUUGUUCAGUCUUCUCUCCAGCGCCUAUGCGAUGUCGUUUGCAUCAAAGAUCACGCGCAAAAUCCAGGACGAUCUCGAUGCGAGACUAAGGAAGGGUGAUUAUUCCACCGUCACUCAUGCUCAUGGCUUGAUGGCAGGCGCAAAGGCCUGGUUUACCACUGUCGCCGCCGAUGGGGCUGAAGAUGCCAGAAAGUGCUGUGGCGGCCAUGGAUAUCUCAACAUUUCUGGGCUGCCGGACAUUGUAAACAUGGUCACCGCGUGCUGCACCCUCGAAGGUGACAACAUGGUCAUGUGGCAACAAACGGCCCGAUAUCUGAUGAAGGUCAUGGAUGUGUUUGAAAGCGUGCAGCCUCGAACAAGCCAAGUCCCUCCCGAAAUUGCUUAUCUCGCAAACGAUCCGGCAAUUUUGUGCGCGACCCCCAUCGACCCUGCGUCUCUCAAGGACUUGCAUCAUCUCUCGGCGAUCCGAGCACAUUACCAUGUCAAGACCGCUCACAACGCCCUGACGGAAGCCGUCAAAGAAGGGACGCCCAAACCACAAGCAUGGAACUUGCACAUGCUUCUUCUCAUCCGCGCCGCACACGCGCACAUUUCCCACUUCGUGCUGUCCUCGUUUUACUCGGCUCUCCCUACCAUCAGCGACGCCAAGAUCAAGCCGGUCCUCACUCAACUCUGCCAUCUCUUCGCCCUGACUCAACUCUUCCCCCAGCUCCCGACCUCGUCCCCCACGACAGCAUCCCUGCCGCCAGCCUUCCUCUAUCCGCGCUUCGAAGUCAUCGCCUCUCAACAAACCAAUGCCCUUCUAGAAGCCAUCCUGCCCAAUGCCAUCGCUCUGACGGACGCGUGGGAUUUCACCGACGCAAGUCUCGCGAGUGCAUUGGGCUGCAAGGAUGGGAACGUCUACGAGAGACUGAUGAGCUGGACGAGGCAGUUGCCCAUCAACGCUCGGGCCAAGGAGCCAGGCGGCUUUGACACGCGCGAGAGUUGGGAACGGUAUAUCAAGCCGGCUUUGCGGAUCGACCUGGAGCGGGGAACCGGCAGGAGGGCAGCAGACGAGCGAUUCGGCGAGGGGAUCAGAGCGAGGCUUUGA